AUGUCCUCCUUCGAGCAAGUUGACCUGGCUGCAGCAGCAGAGACGCCCGAGUCGCCAGGCGAUAAACCCUCGACACCCAGCGAGCAGCCGGCCGAGCCCACGGCCCAGCCAGCUGCAGCACAACGCCCACCUGCAGUUGCAGAGACGAGCACGGCAGCCGCAGCAGCGGCACCAGCGGCGGCGGCACCGGCGGCGGCAAAAGCGGCGGCUGCCGCGCCAGCGGGUGCCACGCCCACAGCGCAGGCCGCCGCUGCCCUCCAGUCAGUGCUGGGCUUCCUGGGCGCCGCAACUGACCAGCAGGAUUCUGAGGCAGAGGAGGAGGAGGAGCAGGAGGAGGAGGGGGAGGGGGAGAAGGUGGAUGAUGAGCCCGAGCCGCCGUUGGAAGACCCGGUGGCCAAGUUUGAGAAGGAGGCCAUCGAUGCCGCGCUGCAGGCAGAGGCGGCUGUGAAGGAGGUAGGCCUGCAGCUGCUGCACGGCGCGGCAGAGGCCAAGGAGAGCCUGUCCUCCCUGGCCCACGGCCUGACCUCCUGGUGGAGCACGCUGGACCCCGGGGCCGACCAGGCGGCGGCAGCAGCGCCCGCGCCGGGCGGGCAGCGGGGCCAGGAUGUGCAGCAGGCGGCGGAGGCGUUGGGCCUAGAUGGCGGGGAGACGGUGCUGGAGUCGUUUGCCUGCCAGCUGCUGCAGACAUACACCUGCUCCUCCAACUUCUUCACGCCCAUCGCUUUCCCCGGCAGCCUGCACGUGACAAGCCAGCGGCUGCUGUUUGCGUUUGAGGAGAAGGGGGUGGCGCCCAUCAAGCUGCCCGGCAAGGCAAUAAAGUCGGUGGCCAAGCACGCGGCAGACGCGCAGAAGGGGCUGCAUGAGCGGCUGGAGCUGCAGCUGGAGCAGGCGGGGCAGUCUCUGGUGCUCGCCCACUUCACGCUGGAGGGGCUCGAGCUGGACUCCGCGCUCGCCCUGGUGGAGCAUUUGGCUGACGAUGACUAG